UAAAUGCAGUCCGAUUUAUUAGCUAUAUUUCCAGCGCGUCAUUUUACCUCUAAGGAUAUUUUUCGGCAUUUGGGGGCGAAUCGAAGUUUUUUUCGCUAGAACCGGAGCGCGCUUGACCGCGACUGAGCCCAGACUGACCGCUGCUGUCCAGCCGUGACCGCUCGGGGAUUCACAUGAGUGUCCCUCCGGUGAUCCGGGCGCCCAGCCCCGUCCCGGGCUCUCAGGGCGUCUCCUUCCACAUCCAGAUCGGCUUGAGCCGCGAGCCGGUGCUGCUCGACUCGGGCGACUUCAGCCUCGCGCAGGUCCGAGAAAUGGCGUGUUCCAUCGUGGACCAGAAGUUCCCAGAGUGUGGAUUCUAUGGGAUGUAUGACAAGAUCCUGCUUUUCCGUCAUGAUCCGACCUCCGAAAACAUCCUGCAGCUGGUCAAAUGUGCAUCCGACAUCAUGGAAGGAGACCUGGUGGAGGUAGUGCUCUCUGCUUCAGCCACAGUAGAGGACUUUCAGAUCAGACCUCAUGCUUUAUUUGUCCACUCCUACCGUGCUCCAGCAUUCUGUGACCACUGUGGAGAGAUGCUAUGGGGCCUGGUUAGGCAGGGACUCAAGUGUGAAGGAUGUGGGCUAAACUACCACAAGCGGUGUGCCUUUAAGAUCCCAAACAACUGCAGUGGUAUUCGGAAGCGCAGGUUGUCCAAUGUGUCCCUCACUGGCCUGACCAACACUCGCUCUGUGUCUGCUGAACCCUCACCCACCACCUCCGAUGAAGCCUUACUGUCUCCUGUGAGCCCUAGCAUGGAGCAGAAGAGCCAGGCAGAUAUAUUCCCCGGAAGAGGGCGCUCUAACUCUCAGUCCUACAUCGGGCGCCCCAUUGAGCUCGACAAGAUCCUGCUGUCCAAAGUCAAGGUGCCGCACACGUUCGUCAUCCACUCCUACACGCGCCCCACCGUCUGCCAACACUGCAAGAAGCUCCUCAAGGGCCUGUUCCGCCAGGGCCUGCAGUGCAAAGAUUGCAAAUUCAACUGCCACAAACGAUGUGCACCCAAAGUGCCAAACAACUGCCUUGGAGAGGUGUCAAGGAACGGAGAUCUGUUGAGUCCUGGUGCUGAAUCUGAUGUGGUGAUGGAGGAAGGCUGUGAUGAUCAUGAUGGGGAGAGGAACAGUCCCUUUAUAGAUGACAUGGAGGAGUCGCUGGUCUCUGACCCUGUGGCCCUGCUGGAUGCUGGUCAUGGUGAACUGGUAGACUUCCAUGAUCCAGAUCCCGAUGAGUCCAACAGAGUCAUCAGCCCAUGCACCAGCAACAACAUCCCUCUUAUGCGAGUGGUCCAAUCGGUCAAGCACACAAAGAGGAAAAGCAGCAACGUCAUGAAGGAGGGGUGGCUUGUUCACUUUACCAGCAAGGACACAUUGCGUAAGAGGCAUUACUGGCGAUUGGAUAGCAAGUGCAUUACUUUGUUCCAGAAUGAUACUGGGAGCAAAUAUUACAAGGAAAUUCCCUUAUCUGAGGUUCUGUCUCUGGAGCCAGCUAAGACCUUCAACCUGCUUCCUGAAGGUGCCAACCCACAUUGCUUUGAGAUUGCUACCACAUCUCUGGUGUACUACGUAGGAGAAAACCUGUCUCGGUUGGAGGACUGCCAUGGCAGCAGCAUGCUGGUCAGCGGAGCUGGGCAGGACGUGGCCCGGAUGUGGGAGAUGGCCAUCCAGCAUGCCCUCAUGCCCGUCAUCUCCAAGGGGAUGGCCCACAGCGGCAGGCACAGCCAGCACAAAGACGUCUCCAUCAGCAUCUCUGUGUCCAAUUGCCAGAUUCAGGAGAAUGUGGACAUUAGCACAGUGUAUCAGAUAUUCCCUGAUGAAGUUCUUGGAUCUGGGCAGUUUGGCAUUGUCUAUGGGGGAAAGCACAGAAAAACAGGCAGAGAUGUAGCAAUCAAGAUUAUAGACAAGCUGCGCUUCCCCACCAAACAGGAGAGCCAACUACGCAAUGAAGUUGCCAUCCUUCAGAACCUUCACCACCCUGGGGUCGUGAACCUUGAGUGCAUGUUUGAAACACCAGAGCGUGUGUUUGUUGUUAUGGAGAAGCUCCAUGGUGACAUGCUGGAGAUGAUACUGUCUAGUGAGAAGGGGAGGCUGCCGGAGCGCAUCACCAAGUUCCUCGUCACACAGAUCCUUGUUGCUCUUCGCCAUCUUCACUUCAAAAACAUUGUACACUGUGACCUUAAACCCGAGAACGUCUUACUGGCAUCUGCUGACUCCUUCCCCCAAGUGAAGCUGUGCGAUUUUGGCUUCGCCCGGAUUAUCGGGGAGAAGUCAUUCAGGCGCUCGGUGGUGGGCACCCCAGCGUACCUGGCCCCGGAGGUGCUGAGAAACAAGGGCUACAACCGCUCUCUGGACAUGUGGUCUGUGGGGGUCAUCAUCUACGUCAGCCUCAGUGGGACCUUUCCGUUCAACGAGGAUGAGGACAUCCACGACCAAAUCCAGAACGCUGCCUUUAUGUAUCCACCCAACCCAUGGAAGAAGGUGACCCCGGAAGCAAUUGACCUCAUUAAUAACCUGCUGCAAGUCAAAAUGAGGAAGCGCUACAGCGUGGACAAGUCCCUCAGUCAUCCUUGGCUACAGGACUACCAGAUGUGGUUGGACCUGCGGAAUCUGGAGUGUAAGAUGCAGGAGCGAUACAUCACCCACGAAAGUGACGACAUGCGCUGGGAGCAUUUUGCGGAGCAAAACGGCCUGCAGUACCCCACCCACCUAAUCAACCCCCACGCUGACGUCAGCAAGGAGGCAGAGUCUGAAGACGCCAUAAUGAGCACGCUCAGUGAUCGAGUCAGUGUGCUAUAAAUUGCUGCCUGUCCCUUUAAGAGCACAACACAGACUAAAGCCAACUGCACACUCCCAAAGCAACAUGUCAGGAAACA